GUUAUUCUGUCCUCAAGUUUCCUCCGAGUUCUUUCAAGAAUGGCAUAUCUCAAAAGAUCAUCUCCAACACUGAGAGAAACACUCCUCAAGAUAUACUGUGCUGAAAAACCUGUUGAGAUCGAUCAACAUUUCUACGAGUUUGGUUCGAUUCAAUAUCACAUCAAGUGCUCGGUUUCCGACACAAAUAUUGUGUAUGUAUCGACAUCGACAUUGCUUGAGACACAAGGAACAAUGACGUUAAAGGAGAUUUCGAGUCACACUUAUGAGGUGAUUAAGCAAAUUGCAGUUGGUGUGAUAGAUAUUGUUGAUCCACCAAGAUUAGGGUUUCAAUUGACUCUUAAGCUUCACCUUGAUAAUAUGCCAAGUGGCAAAGAAGCGAUCAAAAUCAUUACAAGCAUCUCUGAAAUACAAGCGAUAAUAUUAAGUUGUCAGUUGAAAGAGAUGCUAAAAAGUUUAAAUUUUCAAGAUGAUUCACAAGCAAUGAACAACAACAACAACAACAACAAUAACAGGCUCAUCAGGAUUGUUUAUCACCCAAGUGAACCCUUCUACGUCUUUAAACAGCCAGAGAAAAUUACGGCGGUGUUUCCAAUGAACUUUAGAGACAAAUCGGAUGUGGUCAUUGCCACGUCUUUUUUCCAGGAACUAGUGGAAGUGGGAAACCAAAAAGAAAUGGGAAAAGCACCACAAUGUAGUUGGUCACCAGUUCCUCCUUACCAACUUAGAGGAGAACCGGUCCAAGACUUAACCAUAAAUUCUGGUUUUGUCUCUUUUGAUAUUACUUCACGGCACGUUAAAGGAAAGAGACUAGACAAAACGGUUUGGAACUUACUUAAUUUCUACGCAUAUGUUAAAUACCAUAUUAAGUGUUCGAGAGGGUACAUACAGAGAAGGAUGAGAAAAAGAAUGGAUAGUUUGGUGAAGCUGCUAAAUAACACAAGCCUAGAAGAAGAAGUUCCUCAAAAGGAAAAUGGAAGAUGCAAAUACAUUAAGGAGCUUGUGAAAGUUCCAAAAGGCAAACUGAUGAUGAAACAUAGAUUCAAGGAGAUGUCAAGGAGGGUGAAGAUAAGUAGAUUCCGGAUAAAGAUGAACGGAUGUGCUCGAUUUCGAUUCAAUCAACGGUGGAUAUCUCUCCCCAAGUUCUCUACGAACCCCUCAAAUAAAUCAUACACAAAAUUGGACUAAACAAUCUCCUAGACUUUGAAGUCUCCAUAUACACAUCCAUGCAUAUGCACACAUAUGUAUACAACACACACGUUCAUCAUGUGAGAGUUGUAUAUGUAUACCCCAUUGUAUUGAUUUUUUUUAACUAGCCCCAUUGUAUUGAUAUAAUGCGAUCUGUAUGCAUACUUCGAAAUUUAAUCACCAAAACUGAUGAUUUGAAGUUUGACAUGUAAUAAAUUACUUAAGUAAGUCUCUUCAAAAAA